CCUUCCCGGGGUAUGCGACCGCCGGACCUCAUGGGGAGCGCUGCCCCGGGAGGCCCCGACAGGGUUUGGCGGGUGGGCGGAGUCCCGGGCCGCACGGGACAUGCAGAUGAGGUGGGCGGAGCCCCCACAUAUACCCUGGGUUAGCGGCUGGCCGGCGCGCCGGGCUUUGGCGGACUCAGAGGCACCCUGCAGAACCUGCUUCCCGGAGCGCAGCGGAGCCCGGUCCCGGGCUGUCCCCGGAGCGGGCCAUGCCCCCGCGGGAGCUGAGCGAGGCCGAGUCGUCCCCGCUCCGGGCCCCGACCCCUCCCCCGCGGCGGGGCAGCGCGUCCCCGGAGCUGGGCAUCAAGUGCGUGCUGGUGGGCGACGGCGCCGUGGGCAAGAGCAGCCUCAUCGUCAGCUACACCUGCAAUGGGUACCCCGCGCGCUACCGGCCCACAGCUCUGGACACCUUCUCUGUGCAAGUCCUGGUGGAUGGAGCCCCGGUGCGCAUUGAGCUCUGGGACACAGCGGGACAGGAAGAUUUUGACCGCCUUCGCUCCCUUUGCUACCCGGAUACUGAUGUCUUCCUGGCCUGCUUCAGCGUAGUGCAGCCCAGCUCUUUCCAGAACAUCACAGAGAAAUGGCUGCCCGAGAUCCGCACUCACAACCCCCAAGCUCCUGUGCUGCUGGUAGGCACCCAGGCCGACCUGAGGGACGAUGUCAAUGUAUUGAUUCAGCUGGACCAGGUGGGCCGGGAGGGCCCAGUGCCCCAACCCCAGGCUCAGGGUCUAGCGGAGAAGAUCCGGGCCUCCUGCUACCUCGAGUGCUCUGCCUUGACGCAGAAGAACUUGAAGGAGGUGUUUGACUCAGCUAUUCUCAGUGCCAUUGAACACAAAGCCCGGCUGGAGAAGAAAUUGAACGCCAAAGGUGUGCGAACCCUCUCUCGCUGCCGAUGGAAGAAGUUCUUCUGCUUUGUUUGAACAGCCACAGCAGCUAGGGAGUAAUAGGCAUAAGACCACAGACUUCUGGAAACUGGGGUACUGGGGCCUUUGAGGGGGAUACUGGCAGGGCCAGGCCACCUCAUGGGACUUAGUUCCACCUGAACACUGUGAGGACACAGGCCUCUAAUUGCCCACUGUAAUAUGCAAGGGUGGGCCCAGGGCCUGGAGGAGGCAAGGCUCUGAGUUGGAUUUCUGUGGUCAAAGAUCACAGAGAAAUCCCAGCACUUUGAUUUUUGUCGGGUGGUCCUAGCAGUGUCAUCCACCGCUAAGCAGUUUGGGAUCCAGUUCCCAGUUUCUUACCAGGAGACCUCAGGUCAGCCUGGCUGAAUUAGGACCCCUUGUGGUGGUCCCCACCCCUUCCUUGGCACAGGGGUGAGGAAGAGCCUGGCAAGAGUAGGAGGGUGGAGAACUUAGAGAGCCGUUUGGGAUGGACUGGAUAAGACAGAGGUCAACGAGAGAUUGAAAGGGAGCAGAAAGUGAGGCCUUGGAGCCUUGGGGCUGGAGGGAGGCUGGUGAGGAGGCAGGUCAGAGGGCUAAGCUUGGAAGGAGGAAGAGCAAGGAGAGCAGAGAAGUGGGGCAGCUGAGGAGCAAGGCUGACACCUGGGCUGCCCUCAGGCCCCAGGGCCACGAUGGGCGGGGCUGGUCCCUGGGAAGAACUGGGACUCAGGGCUCCCUAGGCACUGCCCAAACUGGCUGGGCCAGGAGCAGGGCAGGAAGUGAGAGGCAAGGCCCAGCAAGAGGAGGGGGAGGAGCUGCAAACUAGAGCCUGAAGUAAGAAGGGGCUGGGGUCGCCCCUUUCUCCAAGGCCACAGCCUAGAAGGUAGAGAGCAGUACAGAGUCUGCAAAUAAAGCCUUAAGUUUCUGAA